GAAUCUUGAUGGCCAGGGCCCAAACCGCGAACAUCCAUCAAUCAUCCUUCACUCUGCACUCUGCACUCAACCUCUGCUCUUCCAACACUUCUCAAAGCUUUGAAAGUUUCUCAUAAUUUCCAAGAGACAAAGAACAAAGCAAACAACUUCCAAGUAAACUUCUCCAACCAUCCAUCCAAAGCAACCAUCCAACACAACCAUGACUAUGAAGAUUGUCAAGAAACUGUUUGGGUCCUCCAAGAAGACGAAGCGCACACCCAAUGAGAAGGUGGUAGCAAAUUACAUGUCCGCUUGGAACCGUCAUUGCUCCAUCGAGGAGAAUCUCGGCUUCUAUGAAAGUGAUGACACUCCCCUCCGGAUCGAGGACACCCCCGAUAUGCCAGCCAAGAUGUUCAUGGUGGAAAUGGACAAGAUCUUCAAGAGUUUUCCUGAUAUCCACUUCAAGCAUGGGACGAUCAAGGAGGAGAAGCCCGGACAAGUGUUUGUGGAUAGCAUCCGAGUCAGUGCCACUCAUACAGGAGAGCCUUAUGCAUUUGCCAACUUUCCUCCGGUUCCAACGACCAACAAGCAUAUUAUCAAUGACCCUGAAAGGUUCCUGUUCUUCCUCAAGAACGGCAAGAUCACUGUCAUGCAAGUCAUCUCUUUGGGAGACAUGACUGGGCCACCUGGCUUGUACAUGCAAAUUGGGGGCAAGUUGCAAGCCCCGACAUCCACUGAGAUGACCUGUGCAACUUCUGUUUCCAGCACCAGUCUCAGCAAUGACAGCAGUGACUGCAAGAGACCCUCUGCGGCUGCCAAUGCCACUGUUCCGAACAACAUUGUGGAGGAGCAUGUCACAACCAAUGAAAAGAUUGUUACCCGGUUCAUGGACACCUGGAACAACACCACUUCCACGGUGGAAGACAUUCGUGGUUUCUUUGCGGAUGAACGUGUCGAAAUUCACUUUGAAGAGUCUCCAAUCGAUACAGCAAACUUCUUUGCAGUUGAGUUGAAUAAGAUCCACAAGAGUUUUCCCGACAUUAGCUUUCAAUAUGAGUCCAUCAAGGAAAACAAAGGAGGGCAAGUUCUUGUGGAAGAGCUUCAAGUGAGUGCCACCCACAGAGGAGAGCCAUACGCUUACGCCCACUAUCCUCCCAUUGCAAGAACGAACAAGCGUGUCAUCAAUGAUCCAGAAUGCUUGUGGUUUACCAUCAAGGAUGGCAAGAUCACAAAGAUGCAAUUGAUUGCAUUGGGCAGCUUCACCGGCCCCCCUGGUCUGUACACGCAAGUGGGAGGACAGAUUUGUUGAACACAUUAUGUACUUCCGGGUGCACAGGUUGUCUUAUGCACCAUAUUUGUGGGAAUCUCUACAUAGACAGUGUCAGUAAUCCAUUAUAAAGUUGCAUAUUCCUAUUC